GAGAGAGCGCCAGAGAGAGAGAGAGAGAGAUAUUGUGUUGUUUUUGUCCUUUUACAGAGUGAGAGAGAGAGAGAGAUAUGUGCAGUCUACUCGGGAAGCUAAGCGCUGGAGUAUAAGGAAGAGUAGGAAAACCGCUCACCACCUACUUCAACUUGGUUGACUUGCUUUGACUUCGCCGGCAAACCGCUUUUUGUCCACAAAACCGCCAUGGGAGACACUGGUUUUGUGAGGUUUCCGGGUAGUUUGGAUCCAAAAGCAGCCGAGUUCAGACCAACAAACCCGUAUAGCCACAACCAAAUAACCCUUCUUCCAACCCAAAUUUACUACCCAUACCCUCCUCCGCCUCCUCAAGUCGUGCCGCUUUGUCCUCCGCCGCCGUACGUUCCACUCCCUCCGCCGCUUCCGCCGUCAACGACGGCCACGAGGGUUCUCCUCCUGAGCUCUGUCCCCAUCGGCGUGAGUGAAUCGGAGGUGAGGAGGGAAUUGGAGGUGUUCGGAGAUGUAAGAGCGGUGCAGAUGGAGAGAGUCCGCGACGGAAUCGUGACGGUGUAUUUUUACGAUUUGAGAGACGCGACGGCGGCGGAGGCGGAGAUAAGGGAGCAGCACUUGCGGCAGCAGAGCAGGCUGAGUAAGCACUUCCAAGAGAUUGCUCGGAAUAAUUACGAAUUAGAGAAUUUGGUAGUGGCUCCGCCUCCUCCGCCGCCGCCGCGGGGUCGAGGUCUUAUCUCUGGCCGCGCGGUGUGGGCCCAGUUCACGAUUCCGGCGGUGGCUGGUGUCUCCGACGGGCACAACCAAGGGACCCUCGUGAUCUUCAAUUUAGACUCUUCUGUCUCCACCACUAGCCUCAGAGAUAUCUUUCAAGCUUUUGGUCCUGUGAAGGAAUUGAGAGAGACGCCAUUGAAGAGGCACCAAAGGUUUGUGGAGUUCUAUGAUGUUAGACACGCAGCCAAGGCUCUUUCGGAGAUGAAUGGAAAGGAAAUUCAUGGCUCGCACGUUGUCAUCGAAUUUAGUCGACCCGGUGGCCAUGUCAACAGGUUCUCCAAAUUCACACAAACCACAAUCAAAAGCUUCAAUUCUUCUUCAAACUAUUCAAGAAAGAAUUCAACCUGUUUUCCAUUGCCGCCGCCGCCACCACCGCCGCCGCCGCCAUCAUUUCAUCGUAAAAUACCCGCCUUCCACCUGCCGCCGCGUUGCUACAAUUCUCCGCCGCCGCCGCCAUCAUUUCAUCGUAAAAUACCCGCCUUCCACCUGCCGCCGCGUUGCUACAAUUCUCAAACUCAAACUCAAACUCAAACGAUGGGGAAGAAAUCAAGUUUCUGUAAAAGAAACCCUAAUGGGAAUGGAGGUGGGGUUGUUGAAGCUUCUUCAAUGGCGGCUGUAUGUGUAAAGAGUGAGGUUGACAAUGGAAUUCGAGGGUGCAAUAAUAACAAUCCUAUGAAAAAGAGUUCAAAGAAGAGUGCAAAUCAGCAACAACAGACAAGCACCAAGAGUAAUAGGCCAUUGAAGGGAAGACAAGCAAAGAAUUUCGAUCCUCGUUUUCUAAUAAACGAAGAUGCGAUUAUGGAAUCAAAUUGCAGAGAUUCCAGGACCACUGUCAUGAUCAAAAACAUACCAAACAAGUACAGUCAAAAACUACUGCUGAAUAUGUUGGACAACCACUGCAUUCACUGCAACGAGCAGGUGGCCGACGGCGGCGAUGAUCAGCCCUUGUCUUCCUACGAUUUUGUAUACCUCCCUAUUGAUUUCAUAAACAAGUGUAAUGUGGGAUAUGGGUUCGUGAAUAUGACCUCGCCGGAGGCAACAUGGAGGCUCUACAAGGCUUUUCAUCUUCAAAAUUGGGAAGUCUUCAAUUCCAAGAAAAUCUGCGAAGUCACCUAUGCUAGAUUGCAGGGAGUGGAGGCAUUGAAAGAGCACUUCAAGAACUCGAAGUUCCCGUGCGAAGCGGAGGAGUACCUGCCGGUGGUGUUUGCGCCGCCGCGUGACGGGCGGCAGGUGACGGAGCCCAACCCCAUUGUCGGCCGCGUCACUUCCACUUCUCUUCAAUCUCCACCUAUCACCGUCAGUUCCAAGAGCUCCGAAGCUGAAGAUUAUGACGACGACAAGACUGUCAACAAUAAUAAUAAUAAUGGUUGUCAUAAUGGCGGUGGUGGCAGUGAUGGUGGCGGUGUCAGGAACAGCGGCGGCGGAAGCAGCUGUAACGGCGGCCAUAGUGGCGGUGAUGUCAUUGAGGAAGAUGAAUAAAUAGGCGUACGUAGUCGGUUCGGUGUCACAUUGAUAAAAGUUUCUUGUGUGAGAGAGAGAGAGAGAGGAGAGAUCACAAUCUUGUUUUAAGGCCAAAUCUCACUAUUUAUCUCCCUCUCUCUCUCUCUCUCUCUGCUAGUAGUCACAUACACUAGAGUGAACUAGUAGAAGUAUUACUGGCUGGCUAUAACUGGCAAACAACAGCUUGGGAAACUGCCCCAAUGGGGUUUUGUUGUUGAGCUCCGAGCCUCACCAGCCCAAUGCCAUUCCAAUCCAACCUUUGCUAAAGCCUUUCCUAUCUCUCUCUCUCUCUCUCUCUCUCUCUCUCUCUCUCCUUUGUUGUAAUUUAGUGGAAGAAAGAAUUGAUGUCUUACAAUCUUUAGCUUCAAAUUGCAUUUUUUUUUUCAAAAGAGAAAUUGCGUUUUAGUUUGAACUAUUCGAGAUAAUUAUAUUUUUAUGGAGAAGCAAUCGAGAGAUGAUAGACACGAACCAGGGGCACA